AUGGGGGAAUUGCAUGCAGAGGCGCUUGAAAGCUGCAGACGCCAGCCCGACCCCGCCGUGGCACGCACGGCCAGCUGGUGGAGGGCACCAGCAGGGGCGCUGGACGAGCAUUGGGAAUAUCAGUACCGUCACGGCACAAUGCACGUCGGGCAACAUAGAAAUACGUUUGGUGUCGCCCAAGAAUCCGCCCAGGACCAGGUCUGCACAAGCUUGUUAGAUGUUUUUCUUGUGAUUGACGAGUCUGGUUCUAUUGGUUCCUCUAACUAUGUGAAGGUACGCGCGUUCUUGGCCGAUUUUUACCUUGCAAUGCCUGUCACUCCUGAAGACGUUAGAAUAGGGCUGCUGACCUUUUCCACCACCUCCAAAUUACGCUGGGACCUCUCAGACCCGCGGUCCACUGACCCUGUCUUGGCUGGUGAGUCGAUAAUGAGCCUUCCAUCUCCCACUGGGAAUACCUAUACUAACCUUGCCCUUGACAUGGCCAGUGAGCUCCUCUACGACACUACGAAGGGAGCCAGGAAAGAUGUACCGAAGUUGGUUAUGGUGAUGACAGACGGCGUCAGCAGCAGGGCCGAUCUCACACUGGUUUCCGCUACCAACCUGCGUGAAAAAGGAGCCAUUAUAGUGGUUUUGGGGGUCGGUGCCGGGGUGAAAGCCAAAGAGUGCACCAGUAUUGCGGGCUGCGAAAGUGAGACCAACUGCACACGGUACCUUCAGACAGACUGGACGAAAGUUAGUGAAGAAGUCAGCACCAUUAUUGAGGCUGCUUGCUUAGACUUGGCGAAAGAUGCAGUUUGCAGCGAGUGGAGCGACUACGGUCCAUGUGAAGGGGAGUGCAGCAAAGAAGGGCUGCAGACCAGCACGCGCACGGAGAUCAGUCCACAGAAGCCAGGGACCCCUCCCUGCAGCACUUGCGAAGCCCCUCAGGGUCGCACAUGCGCCGAACAAGCACCCGGUCUUACGCGCACCAAGUCUUGCACAAUGCCAGUGUGCAAAGUGGAUGCCCAUUGCGGCGAGUUUGGUGAAUGGUCCACUUGGAACACGACUUGCGGGACAGCAACGAGGAGACGACAGAGAAGUAAUUAUAACUCUCCACCAGCUAGCGGAGGAGGUUUGUCUUGCCUUGAGCAAAACCCUCCUAAAAGUGAGACCGAGGUUGAGAUUGUGGACAAGGUUCCUUGCCCAGUUCAGCAGCAGCCCGGCCCUUGGGCUGAAUGGAACGAAUGUACGGCCACAUGCGGAGGUGGCUCAAGAUACCGUGGUCGCGUGGGUCUGCCUCAAGAGGGCGACUUGUAUGGGGGGGAGACUCUGGAAGCUCAGGGUAUUCCAGUAAGAGAAACUGAAGUAUGCAAUGAAAAUCCUUGCCCCAUAGAUGCUAACUGUGGGGAUUGGAACGACUGGACGGACUGCUCUAGGAGCUGUGGAGGUGGCUCUCAAAGUCGUAAGAGGGAGCCGUGGCUUGACAAUGCUCAGUUUGGAGGCCGCUCUUGCAUUCAGCAGCACCCAGAAGGCCAAUCCGCCUUGCGGACGUGCAAUGCGCAGCCGUGUCCAGUGGACGAGAUCGUAGGAGACUGGGAACUAUGGGGCGCCUGCAGUGAAAGAUGCGGCCCUGGGGUGCAGGUAAGACAUCGUGGGCAAUCUAAACAAGAAGCAAUGUACGGUGGCAAGACCAUCGCCGAACAGAAUGAGGAACUCGCCGAUGGCGAAAAGAUUCUGCUCACGGAGCAAAGGGAGUGCGAGAACAAUCCUUGCGGGCCCUGCACUUUGCCCUUUACUGAGUGGACGGACUGUCCAGUUUGCAGUGGGACCCGGUCACGUCAGACGAUGGUGAUUUUCGACUUCUUUGACGGCAAAUGCACUGAACAUACAAAUGAGGUAGAGAGCUGUGAAAACCAUUGCCCCGUAGUACCUGAAGAAGGUGGUGGCGGUGGUGGCACUGGUGGUAGUGGCAGUGGCGCAGGAGGAGGCGGUGGUGGUGAGGCUGGUGAGAGUAGCGAGGAGGAAAAACAAGAAACCGGCGGCUUCCCAACUGCGGCUGUUGCCGGGGGUAUUGCUGGCGGUCUUCUUGUUAUUGCAGCGGGCGGUGGUGCGGCCUACAGCAUGGCUGGUCAAGGGUCUUCUCCUGUUGUUGAGGUAGAAAAUGAAAUAGCCCCUGACUCCAGCACUGCUGAUAUCGCCGAACAGGAAAGGGAGGCCUUGAUUAGUCCAGGGGAACAGACUGAGAUGUGGUCUGCAUGA